AGAAAACUUGGGAUAUCAAUCCAUAUGCAAACCCUCCUCGAAAAUAAAGAAGCGCAUACGAAAAUAAAGAAGCGCAUACUUUUAUCUAAGAUAAGUAAUAUCAAUGUCUAUCGCGGUACUUGUAGCGCUAGUUCUUGUUUAUUAUGCUAGUUAUUGCUAUAGCUGCCAUCAGCAUCAUCUUCCGCCAGUUAUUGCUAUUUCUAACAAGGUAGUUUUUUUCAACAUUCCACAUGCUCGGACAUAUUUAUGCUAAAGAAAGCUAGAACAAGAGUAUCUAUCCUGAACUGCGUGCCCGUCUGUCAUAAUCAUAGGUCGUUCCAACAGUCGUGUUCUUUAAGUUCUUCUCUACCUCCUCGAACAUGAUUGUUCUUCUGGAUUUUCCUUGAGAUUCUUUGAUCUAGUUCUAGACUCCCUUGAACCAACAAGAUGGAUCAGGACGUGGUCAAGCCAGAAGUGAACCAGGAUGCUUCUUCUUGUUCUUCGGACGUUGCUUCUUCUUCGGACGUUUCUUCCUUAGAAGGGACACCGACGCCACCUCCUCCAGGGACACCGACACCACCCCCCUUGGUCUCAGUCGAGGAUGAUGUUUCCCCAUCCACGAGUUCGACUGAAUUGCCGGAUGACGAAGUGGAUGACGAAGUGGAUGACCACGAGCAAAUGGAAAUGAAACGUGGGAGGACGGAAGAAGUGCUGCAGGUCGCAGUGGGGGACCAUGAGAGGCUUGCUGCGGUGGUGCCUCCAGGAGACCAGAAGAAUGGCGGUAAUACCUUCACCACAAGGAAACGACCCAACAGGCGGGUCGCGCCUGAAGAGGAUGCUCAUGUUCUUGUGAGCCUCGGUCGAGAAUUUAGAGAUUAAGGCCCAUUCUACUUCUACAAUUAUAUGGGCUUACCCAUACCCUAGUAAGUCCAAGUGAAAAAAUAAUUGCUCUUUCACUGUCUAUUCAAUCAUGUUCUUCUUCCAAAACGAAAUCGAAAACAGAUUAUAUAUUUUCACUCUCACUAUGAUCCCAAGAACAAAAAGUAGCGGUCUAUCAUGAUCAUGUAUCUGAGAAAGCAAAGAGCUGUCACCUGCUCAGUAGGAUAGAUCAAUUGCAUUUCCUCUCAGUCUCAACACCAACGUCUGGUGAGUCAUCAGCAUCCAAAAGAUAGUUAGAAAAUGAGUAGUUCCACCACAGAGAACUUGUAGUAGCACUCGUGACCAACAUGAGUUGUGUAUUCCUAUACAUAGUUUGUGUUUGAGUUUGACUAGAUGAAUUGGAAGAUUUUGAUUUUUUGACUAGAUGAAUUGUAAGAUUUUGAUUUUCUGGGUUGAAUUCGAUCUCCUCUAACGAGAAGGAAGGCACUUUGCCGAGGAUGAGAAAGAAGAAGAGAAAAAGCCUGAGAUCGAAGAUGAGGACUAUGGAGCGCUGAACAAUUUCGUUCGGUGCUACGAAGGAAUGCUCUCUCUGUGGCUGCGAAUUGGUGGAAUGAUUCCGAAGUAUCAACCCUUUGACGAGGAAGCGCAAAAGACGGAUUUGAUUUAAGGGUCCUUCCUCAAUUCUCUACUAGGCAGCUUGCUUAGAUGAAAUAGGAAGUUUUUCAUGUUGACUAACGUGUGUAUUAUAGAAAGUCUGUGAAUUAUAGAAAGUCUGCACGCUGACAGUCUGUGAAUUAUAGAAAGUUUUCCAUGUAGUUGUUGGCUAACUUAUGUACUAUUUUCCUAGUUUGUUCGCUCAGCGAAAAAAAAUCCACUAGGGGGCACAAAAAAAAUUUCACCACAACGCGCUACUACUAGGCACAUGUUAAUAGCCAUGGAUAGAGAAUUGAAUAUGUGCGUGGUUGUAUUGGUAAAUGCAUUUAUAGAAUUAGAAGUUACUACUUGGUAGACUUCUAGAGGAGCUUCUAGAGCUUUUUCAUCGUACUGGAGCCUUCUAAUCACUGACGUUGAAAACCCCAUGGUGGAUCAAGUUCGGUGACAGGUUUGGGCGACGCUUAGACCGAGGUGCCGAAGUAUCUCCGGAAGAUAGUCCACCAACCUUGUGCGGAUUUUGCCUUUCUUACGGACUUACAAUUUCAUACACUUCUUGGCUAAAGAACUCGUUCGUUGAGAAGAAAGAGACGUCAACGUCAUGGUCAAGGAUGCUUUGAGUCUCAAGAAUUAUGCUCCUCUGUCUCAAGAAUUAUGCUCCUCUGUCUCAAGAAUGACGUUCUACUACCCCUUCAACAUCAAGGACCUCUCUAACUUCCCCUCUUCCUCUUUAUCUUGGUCGUUCUGCUAUUCCUGGGUUCUAUGGGCGACUUUUUUUCGGACAAGACAACUUUGGAGGCAUUGGGAUCGAUUCAGAUCAAUCUGGACAACAUUUGCGAAUCCCUACAAGCCUACGACGGGUCCCACAGCGUCACGAUGGCAGAUCGAAGGGCGAUGACCUAUAUUAGGGCGAUGACCUUUUUAAUUUUUUGUUUGCUAGUUAGGAGUGCUCCACCGAUAUAUUAGGGCGGACGAAAAUAUGUUGUUGUUGUUGUUGGUGUUGUUGGUGUUGUUGUCUCCUGUACUACUAGAUGUGGCUGAUGAUGAAAAUAGAAUUUUAUUUACUUAUGUAUGUCGUAGGAUAAAAAUUUAAUAAUUAAUAUUGUUUACCCGACCUUCAAAGGUCAAGGAUGCUUUAGGCAUUUUAGGCAUGUGCUUCAAAGAUGCUUGAAACCCCUCAGUUGAAUUUGAGCAAUCAUUCCAGGAGGUACAUCAGCGCAGAGAGAGUAAAAGACUAUUAGCGACUACUCUACCAAGGAGCACACUUGUUCGUCCACAAGAUUUUUACAGCUAGACCACUUCUCUACAAAAACCACCACUUUCUUACCGCAUUUAGUUUGACACACGUGAGCUCCUAUCUACCAACCUCCACUUCUCUACCGCAUAGCACUAUGAAAUCUCAGAAGAUUGUGAGUUCUUCUAAGCAUCCAGAUUGUGAGUUCAACGAGGCUUACUUGGGGGACUGGCUGACCGCAGCCGAGCCGCCAGCUUUGGACUUGCCUGCCACGAACUUCAAUUGGAAUCAUAACAUCGAGUUCUACGAAGACGACGGACUCACAAGUUUGGCGAAGGUACUUAGCUUUGAUGUGAAGGUACAACUUGUACAACUAGCUUUGAUGUGAAGGUACUCGUACUGGUACUACUUUGGGUAGGAGGUGGGCGAACGCGAAGGUUGUACUUUUACUAGCUUAUUGAUGCGAAGGAAAGUACUACUUUCGUAACCAGGUUUGGUUACUAGGUGGGCGGAGGUACUAGUACUACGACCUCUGCUGUUUCGCCUCACUAGCUUUGCGAAGGCACUACUUGUACUUGAUGAAGGUCGUGGACGAGUUCUUUCAACUUUUGCCCAAAGACAAUAACAACAAUUCAAGAGGUUGGCGUGGAAGUUGUAGUGGGGUUCAUUAUCAGAUUUCUGAAGAUCUUCUAUUCAUCAACUUACCUCUUGCCAAUGCCAGGCACAUGAAUCAAUCAACAGCUCCAACAUCACAACCACCACUACAGAUCGAAUGGCGUGACAAUUUGGGUUUUCAUUUUGGUGGCACAUCGCGACAGGGUGAAAUCCCAGUGGCGUUCGGGGCGCACGAGAAAGCCCCUGUCAUCUUCAAUUCCUAUCCGACUGGAGGUUAUGGACACAAAGCUUUUAGACUUGUAGAUUCAUGAUAUUCAUUUAAGUAGACAUUUAGUUCUAAGAUUCUUUGAUGUGUUGUUUGGGAGCAGUGGAGGAUAAGAACUUACUUGUUACUUUCAACGCGACGACCAUAUUUAUAAGAUUUAUGAAAAUGUUGGUCUAUGGUCAUUACUGGCUCAAGAUCCAAUGAAUGAACCUGAUUUCAAUGCCAAAUGACUGCUCACACUCGUCACCUUGAUCAUGAUCAAUGCCGUUCCUUGUCUUGAACUCGUGUUAGUUCCUCGCAUGGUCAUCAUUUGAACGCAAUGAGUUCCAACGUGAAUCGUCAGUAAGAUCUCCCAGAUCUUUAACUGCAUUAUGACCCAUCAUGAUACCCCAAUGACAUUGGGCCCAUUUUGAUAUCAUUUCAGGGCCUUAAACAGUCAGUGAUCAUUCGGCGCGUCCGUUCUGAUCGUCUUUCUGUUACAUUGCAACGAUAAUCAUUCCAUUUGCUCUCAAGAGCCUCAUAGUGCGCUUGGACGUGUUCGGGUGUUCCAACAGAAAAUGAUGAGCCAAUAAAUACUACGUUGAAGUUCAUCUUCAUCCAGAAACACAUCGUGAAUACUAGAACCAAUCGCAGCGGAUAAUUCCGUUGCUUUCUUGUUCUCUCUCACCUUGUCUCCUUCCCCUGCAGUUCUUCUAAUGCCUUAGCGAUAUGGAAUCUCCGUUCCCGAAUAUGACGCGAUACGUCAGGGAUAUGGCCGUCACUUCGGAUACCCACAACUACGAGGAGAGUUUGCGCUAUGCCUACAGUGACCUGGGACUGCUGCCGACAUUAGGACAUGGAACAAAUGUGUUGAGCAGAAUCCCUUUUCUUUCUGACCUAGAUGAAGUCCUGGCAAUAUUUCCUCAUUGUUCAUAAUUAAAUUAAUUUCCACACUUUCUUCCAUUUCAUCUUGCUUACCUCCAGAUGAAUUAGAAGUAGAACCACUACAAUGAAUUUACAACUACAACAAGAACGAGGACUACAAAAUAAAACUCGUCCUUCUCUACAAAAUCCUCUUCAUCUUUCUAACCUUUGUGAAAACAUUUUACGACCACGAUGCUGUCGCUUUUGUCCGCUUUGACCGCAAGCAACUGCGGAACGUCAAGAGCUGCCAGCUUCAAGCAGGCAUUGUCAAUCGUUAUCAGUACGAAGCGCUGAGACCCAGUUUGAUGAAGUACAGUCGGGAGUACCAAAAAUCGACGGCUGGGUCCAUGAACACGUUGGCGAGUAACAAUUUCAGUUGGAGCUUGAAUCACUAUUAUGGCACGACAAGUACUAGAACUGGAAGUAGGACGAGUUAUAGUGACAUGAUUUCGUUGAGAUGUUCAUUUGUUUUAUAGCAUUGGAUUUCACAUCAUCACCAAGAUUUUUCGUGAGUAGAUUACUACUUGUUUUCUAGCAUUGGAUUUUACGACAUGAAGAUCAUGAAUCGAGGACAGGACAGCAGUAAAGAACCUCUAAGAGGUCACGAACCUGGAGUCUGGCACGUGGCGUCGCCGCACAUCGAUGGACAACAUGAUGAUUGUGAACAGUUCUUGGAACUACUCAGACGCGAAAGCGUUUAUGCAGAAUUUGGCCUACGGCAAGUACCGCGUCAACGUAGAACGUCGUUUGCGCACGGUCUACGGUAUCGAUACGGGGUACAACGACUCUAUGACGCUGACCGAAAACACCAACGCGAUGGCGGCGAAGUUAUGGAAAGAACAUCAAGACCGAAUGUGGUCGUGCUCCUCUCUGCAAAUAUGUAGUUCCAGUCUGUGUCAAUAAUACCUGAUCUACUGGUGUACUUCAUUCCUAGAAACAAGAAAUAUUCUUGGUGUACUUCAUUUGUACGUAGAAAACAAGAAAUAUUCUCGGUGUACUUCAUUUGUACGUAGAAAACAAGAAAUAUUCUUGGUGUACUUCAUUUCUACGUAGGAAACAAGAAAUAUUCUUGGUGUACUUCAUUUGUGCGUAGGAAACAAGAAAUAUUCUUGGUGUACUUCAUUUGUACGUAGGAAACAAGUUUUCUUGUUGUCCACCUCUUCCUCGAAGGAAGAUAUCAUAUUACAUUCAUUCGAGAGUUUGAUCAACAACAACUACAGCUUGCAUGAUAACCCUUAUCUAUUUCUACACCACCACCUACCUACUACAAAACCACCACUGACAACUUGAUUGAUUCUAGUACACAACCACCACCACACACCUCUAAUGAAAACAGUGCCCGUAGAAUUGACCGAUUGGAUGCUGUUUGCUUCGUACGUCAACAAUUUUAUCCAUUCUGCGGAUACAAUGAUCUGCGACGGAAAAAAGAACGAAUUCUUCAACACGGCGUAUGUCAGCUUAUGGCGGCUUGAUGUUUUGGUUGUAGCAUAUAAAUGAAGCGGUCUUGAAGCUGUUUCUCCAUAGAAGAUCCAAAGUACUGCUAGAAGAUGCUGGAUCAUUAGCACUAUUUUUAUAUGCUGACCUCUUCUAACCAAAGCCAACAGACCGAGUAAGACGGAUAAGACGUUGACCUUGAAGGCUCCAGUCUACGUGUGGACAGUACCGUUCCCGUUCUACGUUGUCGUAACAGGAGACAUGGGCGUCGAACGCAUGCUUGUCACUGCAGCGAGUGUUAUGAGCGAAUUGUUCUCUCCUCUGGUUUCUUCCACUUAAAUUCGUCAUUCACCCAUCUGAAUUCGUCAUCCCUUCAUUUCCCACAGCAAGACGAGAAUUCCCUUUAUUCCUUCCACCCCAUCUCUUCGUUUCAGCAUGACCAUGAUCCCAUCAUAACCAUCCCACCAUCAUUCACCAUCCCACCUCUCUUUCCCUCGCACCCUCCCUCCAAUUCCUUCCACCCCAUCUCUUCAUUUCCCACAGCAAGACAUUGAAGGUGACUCGUGGCACUUCGAUUGGUUCCACGCGUUUGAAUUUUGCCACAGAUCGCCCGACCGACUAUCCAGCCGUCUCGAAUCCGACGCUUUGGGUGUGUCCGCCCAACAGAUACAUGGAUGGAUCCUUCUGUGACUGCAACUUUAUGGACUGCUUGCAACAGAUUCAUCAGCAGUAUUUGUACUAGAAGUGGACGCUCUCGGCCUUGUCGAAGAUCGUCCUCGGGGGCAUUUUUCAUGGCAUUUUACAUCUAUUGCUCUCAUGCAGUUGCAGAAGAUCAACAAGCCGGAGAGUGUUUUCACAUUUAAAUACAGCAUCAGGUAAAAUCAAAAACACUAAAUACUUACUUAGUCUAUUUCUAAUCUUUGCGGCAUGACCGAUCCCGAUUGCUUGACCGGAACGCUGCCUGUGCUUUAUUGCAGUGAAACUGAGAUUUGCUCCCCCUUGGGUCGUUGCACCUUUCCUGUGUACAAUCCUAAGCGAUCCGAGGUUGCCGUGUCGGAACCCUGCUACGCCCUCACAAUGCCAGGCUUAAGGCUCAAAAUAGUUCAUCUUAAGAAGCAUCGCUAACCCCUUUUGUUGCUGAGGGGGAAACUUUGACUUAAUGAAGAUGCACAUGCACUCCAAGGUGAAUGUAAUCUGUAAGAGCUUCUAACAGGAGAAACAAGUCUCUACGGCUAUUUGGGUGAGCAAAAGGAGUUCGAAGCAAAGAGCGGAGAUAAGUGCAAGGCCUGUCCUCACGACACCUUGUAUUCCGGCAAUACGAACAGGAACGAGAAGAACGAGUACGUCUGUCAAUAUAGGCCAGAAGGUGAUAUUCCUGCAGCAGAAGUAUUGGCUUUGGAUGCUACGACAGUUUCUACGUACGGAACAACGGGAAAUGUUUCAGUUUCCGAUACGAUCAAUUACUACCGGUGCUACUAGUUUUUGGUUAUUUUAUCAUUAAGUUUUUAGUCCUCGUGUCUCUAUCUCAUUUUGGGAUACGAAGAACCAGUAUCUCAGUCAACAGCAUCCCCUUUUGUUCAUAAUAUGAAUUGCGUCAACAUGGGUAUUGACUAAAAUAGCGCCUGCUUUUUAAGAAAAACCUACUACAUGAUCUACUGACCUCGUGCACCACCUACUGAAGACACGUUUUACCACUGCUCCUUCCUGAUUAGCUUAAAUCUGACUGCGGUGUAUGUGAAGUUAAACGACCUACAAUCUAAUCCAAUCAUCAUUAUUACAUCCUCCACUUACCACCUCCACCAGCCUCGUCAAAGCCAACAUGGGUCCGAAAGCCGGUUUUCCGGUUAAGAACAUCUCGGAGACGAAUUUCACCAUCGAGUUGAACCUGGGCCAAGGCAUUCACGAGUUGGCGACCGCUGUUGCAUUAUGACAUCAAUGUGCUUGUGCGCAAAGAAAGUAGACAAUUAAUAGAGGUAUCAAAAACGUGCUGCAGCAGCUACGGAGACUUGAUGGAAGUCCAAACUAAAAGUAUCUUAUUUAUGCCCAGGAGCAGCAUGAUGACGAGAUUUCAUUUUCAUCUCACUUCCUCCUACCCUCAAGAAACACCUAAUCAACCUCUAAUCUCAGCAGAAAAAGUUGACGCCAAAACGAAAACCCAAAUCUUGCACCUCAAGGCCACAGGCAACCAGUUCCGGAACCGGCAUUUUUCUAGCGGAAAAAUGGUCAGCUCUAUGAGCGGGGACUAUCAGGACAUGGUCCUGCAAUUGGACGACCCUGAACAGCCUUUUAGUGAUACUGGUACUACUGUUUACAAAAUUGUAAAGAUACAAGUAGAUGAUCAAGUUGUAAGUUGUAGAACUGUUUUUUAUUUUUUCUAAUUUACUUUAUCUUUUUGACCACUGGUGCCACGAGUACUUCUUCUACCUAGCACUACUUCAGGUCCUUUCCGUUCUGUCUACAACAAGGAGGCACAACUUCAGGGCCUUUCCGUUCUGUCUACAACAAGGAGGCACUGAAGUCAGCACUACUUCAGGUCCUUUCCGUUCUGUCUACAACAAGGAGGCACAACUUCAGGGCCUUUCCGUUCUGUCUACAACAAGGAGGCACUGAAGUCAGCACUACUUCAGGUCCUUUCCGUUCUGUCUACAACAAUGAGGCACAACUUCAGGGCCUUUCCGUUCUGUCUACAACAAGGAGGCACUGAAGUCAGCACUACUUCAGGUCCUUUCCGUUCUGUCUACAAGAACAAGGAGGCACAACCUCGACUUUUGGAUUUGGAUUUGGAGAUAUCAGAAAAAGUUUCAAAAAAAAAUACAGUCUCACGACCUAAAUACACAACCUCACCCACUCAGGUCCAUUUCGUUUGCAGAUUGAUUCGAGUGAGAUCAUUAUUCGUUCUGGUUCUACCGUGACGCAGCAGACUGUUCAAGCAGCAUCCACGACGGAAGAUGAUGGUAGCACGACUACUACUACUUCGCGUCGUAGAUUGCUUGGUGGAGGCGAUUCUAGUAGGUGGUCUAUCAGACAUCGACAAAAUGGUCUUGUUGCUAGCAGGUCGAUCGCUACUAGCAGGUCGAUCGCUACUCGUACCCUUGAAGACGCUAUGAAGCUAGCUGCCCAAGGGCAAGCAGGAGAUUAUGGUCAGCUUUUAUCCAUCUUAUUUGUUCAUCUCAGCAUCUCUUCUUCGGUACAAAUACCAUUUUCUUCUCUUCCAUAGAUGAACAAGAAUAGUAGCAAUAGUAAGUAGAUAGUGAAGGGAAACAAUAAGGAAUGGGUCGUCCUCCGAUGUGAAGGGGUGACCCAGAUCCUCGAUGGACACGAAUACAACUACAAGCCGACUGCUCUAAGGACAAGAUUCCCAGAUGAAUUUGUUUGUGUCUGAAGAAGACAAUAUCCGUGAGCAGAAGUUGCGCCGAUUGAGAGAGCGCGUUGCCAACGGGGAGCAUUUGCCAGAAGCUCAGCUGCGCCAUCUCCAGACUAACACUUCUUAAGGCUCAAAACAAUUCAUUUCUAUUCUACUAGCAUUCUAUGCCGAACAAGGUCAAGAUCAGGGGUUUUGUGGCAACUACUAACAAUUCAUACAUUCUACUAGCCAUUUCUCCUUCUUUUCUUCUUAGGAUUGAGAGAAUUGUAGGACGCAAGAAGAAGUGAAACGGUUUGAGCUCUAAACUUCCUCUGCCGCUGUCCGCGCAGAGUUGCUAACUGCUAAACGUCAGAGGAUGGAUGUGGGCACAUUUCCGAGGUCUUUUUAUGGCAAGAAGAUAGAGCGGUUGAGGUCUUUGAGUUGUUAUAGAAGAUUGAAAAAAAGAUCAUGAUCCAAAUCAUGCAUGCACUUGAUAUAACAGUUAUUAAUAUCUUUGUUCUUUGUGGAACAACAACAAGGGAGGAGGUGAGGGACCGGAGAAAUGUGUACUUACCCCAAUAAAUUAGUUCGUGUUGUUCUUCUACUCACUGUAAAAAGAGACGAGCACGAAGAAGUAGACGUCCAUCUUUUCGUCUAAUCUCCGUCCCCAGCAGGAGUGA